AUUGAAAAGGUUUUUUCAUGUACAUAACAACUCAAUGACAAAAGCCAUAGAGUCAACAGUUUCUUUUAUAAGUGGAAAACUGAAACCCAACAGAGUCAACAGUGACAGUUUCAUUGCAAUAAAUUCAUUCUUAGUCUUUUCAUCACUAAAACUUUUCAGACACACUCACUCAAUGCUUUACUUAUUUCCCAUGCUUCAUUCAAUUUAUUUUCUUCAUUCAACUAAUAGUUUCUGUAGAAAUUUACUAGUAAAAGGAACAUAAUCAAUGCUACAACAAAAACACUUGAAAGUAUAUUGUAUCUCAUUACCCUUAUGUUUCUGUUUUCUCUGCUUCUGUCUCUUCAAUGCAACCCUUUCUUUGUUUCUCUGUCUUCAUAAGUUCAAACCUUUAACCCACACCACUCCUGUUUUACUUUUUUUUCACCUUUGUUCAGGGAAUUAAUAACCCUGUCUGAGGUUUUUUGGGAACCACAUCAUCGUUUCUUGUUACCUUUUUCCCUUUAAAAGUUUCAACCCCACUCAUUCUGCUAAGGCACAACAAGAACACUAGAAACAGUCACUUUCUGGGUGAAGCAAGCUCUUUGUUUUGAUUUCAGAAUCCAAAUAUGGAUGAAUAUUGGAAGAGAAGUGGUCAAAUACCAGCUUUCGGAAACUGGGAAUUUGCGAACGAGUUGCCAAUAACUGAAUACUUUGAGAAUGCAAGACAAGGUGGUUAUGGUGAGAGUGAUCUUUACGCUGUUGAUUUCAAGAAACCAGUUCAGAAGGCAACUAGAAACAAGGAGAAGAGGUACAAAAAUGCAGUGGUUAAUGAUAAAGAAACAAGAAUGAGAAAACAGGGGAAAGUGUACCAUGUAACGGAACAUCCAAAACCAGUAGAUGAAGAUCUCUAUAAGAUUUCUCCUCAACUUCUUCGCACAAACAAGAAGAAGAAAAUGUUGGGUUUCAUUUCCAAGUGUCUGCUACCUGCUGCCUGCGUUUCAUGAGUUACAAUGUCUCCAACCAAAGCAACAAGGAAGUUUGUAAUUUUUAUUGUUAGUAACGAUGCUGCUGGCUAUGUUGUGGUGGUUUUCUUUUGCGCUCAAUGUUGAAUUACUUUUAUUUUUUUUUUAUGAUUGAGAAUGAAUGAA